AUGAGCACGAAGAUGUACCCAAACUCUGACUCAGACAUGACAAGCCUCGACCUAUCAUCAUCACCGAAACGUCCCACUUACUACGUUCAAAGCCCAUCACGUGACUCCGACAAGUCUUCCUCGGCGGCACUAACUCAUCAGACCUCUCCCACUGAGUCACCGUCACACCCAUCCUUUGCUAGCCGUAUCUCCAGUGGCGGUGGUGGAGGAUCCCGGUGGAAGGGACGGAGGAAAUAUCAUGGCGGAAGAUGGUCGCCCGGUGAUAAGGAGGAGGAAGGUGGUGAUGGAAGGUACGAGGAUCUUUAUGGUGACAACAGAGGAAUCUCAAUCGCUACUUGUAGACUUAUUUUGGGAGUCGUUGCGACAUUGACUCUCUUUUUUCUUCUCUGUUCUAUUUUCUUUGCGGCCUCUCAAUCAUCCUCUCCAAUCGUCUACGUCAAGGGUGUAAAUGUGCAUAGUUUUUACUACGGAGAAGGUUCAGACAACACAGGAGUUCCGACAAAGAUACUGAACUUUGAAUGUUCAGUGGAGAUUACAACACACAAUCCUUCAACAUUCUUCGGCAUCCACGUCAGCUCCUCUGCCUUCAAACUCGUAUACUCUCGUCAAUUCACACUUGGCGUUGCUCAGCUGAAGAGUUAUUACCAACCAAAAGAGAGCAACCACACGUCUAGGAUCAACCUCGUUGCCUCCAGGGUUCCACUCUACGGUGCAGGAACCGACUUAUCGGCUUCAGAUCAGAAUGGCGGAGUUCCUGUGAAGUUGGAGUUCGAGAUCCGAUCACGUGCCAAUGUUGUCGGAAACUUAGUCAAGUCUAGGCAUCAGAAACAUCUCUCUUGCUUCUUCUUCAUUUCUUCACACAACAACAAAUUUGUAAAAUUCACUGACAAGACUUGUAACUAA